AUGAAUAGAGAAAUACUUGUACUCAGCGCGAAACACUUUCCUGGCAGUCAUACUGGUUCCAAUAUCGGCCAGAUAUUAAAUGAUGUGAUGGAAGAAUGGCAAAUAAGUUCUAGUCAAAUUCAUCUCAUUUUAAGGGAUAAUGCUUCUAACAUGAUUAUAGGAACUGAUAUGUUAGGAGAGAGUGUAGGAUGUUUUAUUCACACUUUACAACUUGUAAUUCACGAUUGCAUUUUUAAAAAUCGAAAUUUCGUUGAAAUUUUGGGAAAAUGUCGGAAAAUUGUUGGAUACUUUAGCCAUUCUUCACUCGCCUGCUCAAAACUCAAAAACAUACAAGAAAGUUUGAAAUUGCCAGUUCAUAAGUUAAUUCAAGAUGUUAGCACUCGAUGGAACGCUACAUUUUAUAUGUUGUCAAGGCUUCAUGAACAACGGCAAGCGGUAACUGCAUAUGCUGCGGAGAAAGACAUUCCAAGCCUUUCGGCUAUACAAUGGAAUAUGGUAGAAAACGUUAUACGUGUUCUCCAACCAUUUGAAGAAAUGACUAAAAUAGCCAGUUCAGAUUUUGAGACAAUUGGAUAUGUUAUUCCGGCAAUUGUUACUCUACACUCGUAUCUUUCAAAACGACAAAGAGAUACUGGAGUAGUGAUGUUGAAAGAAGAUCUCAAAAAAGCUAUGGAAGAACGAUUUCUAAAUCCUAUAGGACUCAAUGUCAAGGAUCAAAAAUGUUUUGUGCUCGCUACCGUAUUAGAUCGAAGAUUCAAAACAAAAUUUUGUUCAGACGAAAAUAAAGCCAAACAGUGGAUUGUUGAAGAAUUACUAGAAAUGAAUAAAGGAGUGACUAAUGAUACCGAAAAUAGUACGCAGAGUCAUAACGUCAGCCCUUCUCAAAGACGAGAUGUCAUAGGUGAAACACACGAAGAUAUUUGGAAGUGUUUCGACGAAAUAGUAAAUAAUUCAAAAUCUGAUACUGAUAAUAGUCUUGAUGAUUCAUUAAUCAAAACAUCGCUUGUAAGACAACCAAGUGACAGAAGUAAAAAGAAAACAGCUGUCUACAAUGCUGAGCUAGCGAAAUACCUCAUGAUACCACUGUCGCCUAGAAAUGAGGACCCUUUAAUAUGGUGGAAAACACAUGCUCUGGAAUAUCCUAAUCUAAAAAGUUUGAUUGUCACCGCAGAAUGCUGA